CUGCAGCUUGCGUUUGAAAUCUUCGCGCUUGUUGUUUUGGUUUUCUUUACAAUCAGGUCGAACAGAAAAUUUGAAGUUAAAUUUGAUCUUACUACGGUUCUCAGAUCAUUCAUCUUGGAUACAUAUUGUAUCAAAUGAUAAACAAACAUCGUGAAGCAGAGAUUUAAUUGUGAAGCUGUACAACAGGACAAUGUCAGAUGGAGAGGUGUGCAGCCACGUAAAAGUGGUGGUUCGUGUCCGUCCUUUAAAUGACAGAGAAAAGGAUGGAAACUACAGAAAUGUUGUCAAUGUUGUCGACAACCACAUGCUUAUCUUUGAUCCCAAAGAUGAGGAAGUUACAUUUUUCCGAGGGCAGAAGGUUGGCAACAGGGAUGUGCGAAAAAGAGCCAAUAAAGACCUCAAGUUUGUGUUUGACAGCGUGUUUAGGGAGGACUCGUCACAGAUGGAAGUUUUUGAGAACACCACUAAAGCAAUAGUGGAUGGUGUGCUAAAUGGCUACAACUGCACUGUGUUUGCCUAUGGAGCUACAGGAGCUGGAAAAACACACACAAUGUUGGGCACUAGUGAUUCCCCUGGAGUGAUGUAUCUCACUAUGAAAGAACUGUUUGCUCGAAUGGAUUUCGCCAACGAGGACAAAGUUUUUAAUAUCGCUUUUUCUUAUCUUGAGGUUUAUAAUGAGCAGAUUCGGGAUUUAAUAACCAACUCUGGUCCGUUAGCAGUGAGAGAGGAUGGUUCGAAUGGUGUAGUGGUUCAAGGACUCACUCUGCACCAGCCCAAAUCAGCAGAGCACAUCCUUGAAGCUCUCGAUUAUGGCAACAAAAACAGGACUCAGCACCCUACUGAAAUGAAUGCCACGUCUUCCCGCUCCCAUGCAGUAUUCCAGAUCUACUUGAGGCAGCAGGAUAAAACAGCCAGUCUUAAUCCAAAUGUUCGUGUGGCUAAAAUGAGCUUAAUCGACCUGGCCGGCUCAGAAAGGGCCAGUGCAACCAAUGCCAAGGGGGCUCGUCUCCGAGAGGGGGCCAACAUCAACCGCUCCCUCCUUGCCCUGGGGAAUGUUAUCAACACACUUGCCAACCCCAAAUGUAAGAAGACACACAUUCCUUACAGAGAUAGUAAGCUGACGCGGCUCCUCAAAGACUCUCUGGGGGGGAACUGCCGAACUGUGAUGAUCGCUAACGUCAGCCCGUCCUCUUUCUCCUAUGAAGAUACACACAACACUCUCAAAUAUGCCAACCGCGCCAAGGAGAUCAAGUCCACUUUGAAGAGUAAUGUGAUGAGUUUAGACAGUCACAUUGGCCAGUAUGCAGUCAUCUGUGAAAAGCAGAAAGCUGAGAUCAUCAUGCUGAAACAGAAACUCAAAGAGUAUGAGGAGCAGAAGGUGGAGGUUCCUGCCCAUAAUCCAAUCCCCAUCCAGAGGAGAGCUGAAUUAGAUAAGAUGUCUGAGUCUCUGCGCAGUGUGUUUGCAGCACUUCUGCAGUUCCGUAAAGAGCAGCUGAACAUUGAAAAGCAGCUGAAUGAAAGCAGACUGACUAUGAGACAUAGAGAGCUUUGGCACCAGCAGGGCCUGAUCUUCUUCCCUGACAACAAGGCAGAGAGGGCCACCUGUAAAUUUGAGCGUAAGCUGGCCUCCCUGAAGUCUCAUCAGGAGCACUUGCAGAAACGCUUGCUGGAGAGUGAAAAACGCUUCCAGGAAAAUGAGGGGUGGCUUCACCGCAUUGAAAACGAGAUGAAGCUGCUUGGACACGAAGGACACUGUCCAGAGGAGCUGAAAAGGGAACUACAGAGCCAUCAGCUACAGCUGCAGAUCGCUGACCUUCAGCAACACGUUGAGCACACAGGCCACCUCAUCAGUGUGCAAGACCAGGAGAACGCUCACACGCACAAAUUGUUGAACGCCCUGUUGUCCACCUGCCGCCGACAGCACCUGGCAUUGAAGGCCGCGAGCAUCAGCACAGAUGACUCUGAGUGGGAGGAGUUGGAGCGUCUGGUGCACAGGGAGAGGGGUGUGGUCUGGGCAGACCAAGAGAAAGCAGAGGAGAGGGGUGAUGGUGGCUCAGGAAACACUCAUCUACAACCCAUCCUGUCUUUCUCACACCUCAUUUGUCACCAGAGCACACCAUGCAGUACGGAGAAACACUUUCGGCGAACCUCACAGCGCCUCAGACCCACACACUCAUCUAAAGGCUGUGACCCUCAACAUCCAGAGGCAGAAGCUGAAUGUCCUCCUAAAAAACCAAUCAGGAGGAAGCUGUCUGUUUCGACUGCAAACCCAGAUGAGGAUGGACCAAUUUCUGUGCUGUCCCAUUACCCUCCUGCCCUUCGAGAGGUCUUAAGACAGGAGGGCAUGUUCCCACUACAGUACACCCCUGAGUGCCAGCCACAUGCCUCCAGCACCUGUGAUCCAAACGGCACUUUCGACAUUGGUCAUAGCGAGGACCCAACAGCCACUAAUGCCACAAUAAUCCUGUCACCUGAGCCCCCUGGGCACACAACACUCCGGGCACUACGCGCUAACAAUGGGAAUGAGCCAUCUAAAAGGUUGGAGAUCCCGUCACUUUUAGACCUACGAAGAGCCAAACCAUCCUACAUGUCUAUGACCUCCGCGGCUCAGGGCAAGCGCAAACUCAACUGUUCCAUCAUUGGGAAAGAGGACAGUUCUCAAGCAGGAGCCGCUGCACCCAAGCGCAUAAAAAAAGAUCCCUGCGAGGCAUCUAAACCACUGCGAAUCAGGCGUUUUGGAGUAUCAUCAGAGAAUGAGCCAAGAAGAGUAGUACGGAGCGUGUCUGAGGGGAAUCUCCAUCAACCUGACCAGCGCAAGCCUAAAUUGAGCUCAAUGGGGCCUGCUGCACUCUUUAAAAAAGUCACCAAGAGGAUGUGAGAGCUUCACAUUCUGUGAAAACCACAGGUCUCUCAUACAUUGCCCCGUAUGCUUCUUUUUCAUUAGAGUUGCCGUAGAAAAGAAAAAAACAUGGAAUGUAAUUUUAAAUUGUGGUUCAGCAUUUGGGCUUAAUUAUUUCUAGGAUAUAUUAUUUUUUUAGUUUGUUUUUUUAGGUUUACUAAAAGUAUGUAUGUGCAUAUCAGAUUUGUCCAGCUUAACAUGAUACACAUUAAAGGAUUCAUUGUUUUUUACUGAUGUUCAGGUCUUAUAAAGCAACUUGGUUUUAUUAUUGAGUGACUUUUUCUCCCUUUUUAAAUGUUUUAAUUAAAAUGUGCUCAAUUUAGAGAGCAACUUUCAGGUUGUGUUUCUAUUUUAUAAUGGAUAAAAAAAAAGAAAUGUCAACAUUUUUUUUUAUCUGAGUUUUAAAUUAAAUGAUUUGCAUUCACUGUCCCCUUGCUGAAAAUAAAUAAUUUACUGUAAAAGUCAAAUUUAAUAUUUAAAAUGGAGAAAAGUGGGAUGAAAGCAUUCAAAUGAUCAAUUAAACCUGUUCUCACUAAACUAACCUUGCUAAUUAUUUUACUAUCCACCAGUACAGUGUACUUUAUCGUGGCUUUCAUCAUUUAAACUUGCAUCACAGUAGAAAUGUAGGUGUUUGGGGAUAUGUUCAGCAAGUCCCCCCUCCCCUAUUUGAAUUUUUUUGUGGGGAAGUAUUUCUGAAUAAAAGUUUUUUUGGGGGGGGGUUUGUCUGUUGUAAAGGAUUUAACUAACCAAACACUGGAUGCCCAACACAAAUCCCUUUAAAAAAAA